AGGUACUUUAACCACUCCGUCGUCCCCAGCCCUUUUUAUAUUUUAAUUAGAGGCAGGGCCUCGCUGAGUGGCUUAGGGCCUCCAUAAAUGGCUGAGGCUGGCCUUGAAUUCUCAUCCUCCUGCCUCAGCCUCUGAGCACUGGAUCACCCACAGCACCACCGGGCCCAGCUCAUUUCCAGUUUCCUGGGAACCACACUUAAAACGUGAAGUUGACUUCGUGAUGUGUCACUCAGCCCAGUGUGUCUAAGGCCAUUUUAGCCUGUCGCCCGUACCUGGAAGGUGUUCACUGCUCUUUGACGUUUCUUUUCCACCCAGAAAGUUUGAUCCGUGUUUAGAAACCACGAAAUACUCAGUUGGAAAAAGCAGACUCCCAUCCAGGAGGUCCCAGAUACACCUCAGCCCCCGUAGUGUGGUUCCAAUGACCCAAUUUAGCACAAGUCUUAAAUUUGAUGAAAUUAUAAUUCAGUUGCUUAGUGGCGCUGACCUGGGUCCAGAUCCGUUUCCGGUGCGCGGGGUCCCGUAGGAGCUGCAGGGCGGGCGGCUGGCCCUCCAGGCACACCUUGGACAUGGCCAUCCUGGGCCAUUUUUAACUCAGGAGCAAGUAGUGUCAAGUGGUGGCCGUGCCUCAUCCCUGCCUUCUGACGUUUUAGGAGAGAUUGCUCUGGAUCAUUGGUUCUCACCGGGUCUGUCCCCAACCUCCGUGUGCUCGGGCGCAGGUCAUUUGAGUUGGCCCCAUAAGUCACUGUUUUGCUCCUAAAAUCCCCCAAGAGAGUGUCCACCUCCGUCCACAGGACACCCCCGCAGGCCCGGCACCCGAUUCCCAGAGGCGGGUGGGAUGGUCCACUCCUCUGAAUCCAGGGGACCAGCGGCCUGGGUGGGCCCAGUGAGCUCUGUGACAUCCAGAUGAGGCGGUGGAACCCGGAACCCGAGGGCCAGCGGCGGGUACUGGUCUGACAGUUACCCAGCAGCCAGCCAAGAGGACGCUGCCCUCAAGCCACACAGGCCAGGCCCUUCCAUGUCCGCAGCUGGCGGGGACCACGGCAGGCCCAGGAGGUCAGCAGAGAGACCUGGGAUGUGCCAACCAGUAGGACAUGAGGCUGUGCUCCGGGGGUGCUCAGUGGAUCCUUGGGAAUCUUGUGGUUGAUGGGCUCUUACCAAUAGGCCACGAGUACGGCGUCCACCCUGGGAUCUCUCCAAAGGGAGGAACCUCGGGAUCCAUGGCCUGUAAAGGCCCCUUGAGCCCUGCCACUCCGUCUGUCCCCAAGGCUUCCCUGUAGACCAGGCCGUGUGCUCUCAGGCGCCCCUCGACAGCCGCAGGCGUGUCCCCCUGAGAUGGACAGUGUCACCUAGCCGCGGGCACGCGUGGGCAGCAUGAGCGACAAGGGCAACCGCGAGCUGUACCAGCAGUACACGGCCUUGGCCCCCAGGCUGCUGGCCCGCGUCUCCAAGCUCCUCACCCUGUGCCGCGGCGCAGGCAUCGCCGUCCCCAAGGGCAUCCGGAACAUCUUUGAGUUCACCUGGGAGGAGCUCAUCACCGACCCCGCGGUACCCACCGCGUCCAGCAUCCCAGGCCUGGAAGUCAGCCUCGGGUGUCCCCCAGUGCCACCCGUGGAACCCACCCCGGUGCCAUAUCUGGUGCAGAAGAAGCCACCCCCAGCUCCACCCCCGCCGUCCACCCUGCCCAUGGCCCCGGGCUCAGCCAAGCUGUCCGGCCCCUCUCCCGUCCCCGCCCGCCACACGGGCCAGGAGACCCUGCACAGGUUCCAGCGACAGUCCAUCCACCUGCUGACCGAGCUCCUCACCCUGAAGAUGAAGGCCAUGCUGGAGUCCGCCUCGGCAGGUGCCAACCCCAUGGACAUCACCAGGCGCUUUGUGGAGGCCAGCCAGCUCCUGCACCUCAGCGCCAAGGAGACGGCCUUCGACUACCUGAUUGGCACCGUCGGGAGGAACGGCUACAGCGCAGGGCCUGCCGCGAGAGAGUCCCUGACGAACAUGUCGGCCAUGGGCGUGAACUCGCCUUACCAGCUCAUCUACCAGUCUUCCACCGCGUGCCUCAGCUUCUCCCUGUCCACCGGGAAGGAGAUCAAGAAGAAAACAGGUCCCGGCAAACUCAAGAUCCCAGAGGACUCGAGUAUGUCACCCCCUCAGCGCACAGUGGGACCGUCUCCGGAGAGCGUGGAGUUCACCGACCCCUGUCCCGAGGCUCGGGAAAAGCUGCAGGAGAUGUGUCGCCUCAUAGAAGCGGAGAGGACCUCGUGGAAAGGCAAGAACGUCUUCUACCCCACGAUCCUCCGCAACUACUCCACCAAGCUGCCCCUGCACCCCUCCAAGGGGGACGCGCAGGCGCUGGGGGUGCAGCCGUCCCACGUGGUGUGCGCUCCCGUGGCGACGCCCUUCGCGCACCCGGCUCCCGCCCAGGCCGGCUCCCUGCUGCGGCACUCCCAGGAGUGGAAGGUGCCCAAGAAGAGCGCCAAGCUGCACUACUCCUUCUACGACGGCUCCUCCUUCGUGUACUAUCCUUCUGGAAACGUCGCCAUGUGCCAGAUCCCGACCUGCUGCCGGGCCAGAGCCGUCACCUGUCUUUUUAGUGACACACCUAACUUCACCUUCCUGGCCCUGUUCAGCGCCGAAGGCCACGGCUAUGUCCACUAUAACGCCAAGUCCCGCUCCCCGUACGUCUUGGUCUUCGAUGACGAAGGCGGGACCACCAAUGACCACAAGGGCUACAUCGUCCACAAGUGGAGCUGGACCUCCAAGACGGAAACUCUGCUCUCCCUGGAGUACAAGGUGAACGAGCAGAUGAAGCUGACGAUGCUGGGGCAGGACUCCGUGGUGGUCACCUUCACGUCCCUGAACGAGACAGUGGCGCUCACCGUGUCGGCCAGAACCUGUCCCCACGGGACCAUGCCAGAGAAAUGGCUGUCCCGCAGGCUCGGGGGCUCGGACGACAAGGUGUCAAAGCUGACCCGGGCCCUGGCGGAGAUCAAGAGGAGGUUCCAGAAGACGGUGACGCAGUUCAUGAACUCCAUCCUGCUGGCUGCAGGUCUGUUCACCAUCGAGUACCCCGCCAAGAAGGAGGACUCCGACAUGGGCCGGGUGAGGCUCAAGUCCGGGUCUCAUCUGGAAAAGGCCUUCAGGUCCAGCUCCCACAUGGCCGACCUCCUCUCCCGCUCCCAGUCGGCCCGGCCAGACUCCCUUGUCGAAGAGUCUAUAAAGGAGGACGCAGAGUCCAUUUCCAUGAGCCCCUCCCGGAAGAAGGGCACCAGACUCCACGCCAGGGCCUCCCUCGCGUCCAGGGGGAAGAUGGCCAAAGAGGUGCACAGCCCCACGCGGUGGGCGGCCUCGCCCUCCGACUGCCCCUUGGUGCUGCGGAAGCUGCUGCGCAGGGAGGACAUCCGCGCCGGCUGCAGGUGCAUGGUGAAGGCCCCCCUGGUGUCCGACGUGGAGCUGGAGCGCUUCCUGUCCGCGCCCCGCGACCCCAGCCAAGUGCUGGUGUUCGGGAUCGUCUCGAGCCAGAGCCCGGGCAGCACGGCGCAGCUGCAGUGGGUGCUGGACACCCUGUACAACCACAAGCAGCAGGGCCGCGCCUCGCCCUGCAUCCAGUGUCGCCACGACCCCUACCGCCUGCUGCGCUACGACCUGCACGGUCCCCUGCAGAGGAGCCCGUCGCUGCUGGUGAAGAGGUUCGCCGUGGUCCAGGGCAUGAUCCUGAUGUUUGCUGGGGGGAAGCUCCUGUUCGGGGGCCGCGUUUUGAACGGCUACGGCUUCAGCAAGCAGAACCUGCUCAAGCAGAUCUUCCGGGCCCGGCAGGACUGCAAGAUGGGCUACUUCCUGCCCGACAACUACAAGUUCAGCCUGGAGCCCCAGCCCGAAAGCCCCCCUCCUCCCAGAAGGCUUCCUGGGGUGUGGGCACCACGGCCGCCGCCUCCACCCGGGCGCCCCUCUGAGCCCGCAGCGCAGCCGCCCAGGCUGAGAGGGGCUCUGUCCCGCCGUGUCCCCUGCCCUGCAGCCUUUCAGCCAUUAUCCCAAGCCUGGAAGAUUCUGAGGCAGCUAAGAAGGCCACGUCGGGGGAUCUCGAAGGAAGCGUCUCCUCGCUGGCCCUGGGAGACAGGGUGGACAAGGACAUCGCUUCCCCGGUUGACGUGAAGCCCAAAGAUCCCGAAGUGGAGCCGCCACCUCCCCCCAAGCUCAGAAGGGGCAGCCGGAGGAAACAGGCCACCAAGAAGUGACCGCCAGCCCCGGUGGCCGGCCGUGGACGCCCCUGCCCGCACCUCGCCCCGCCCCGCCCCCUUUAAUAAAGAAACGUGCCUUCAGCCUGUGGGUGAGGCCCGGGGACGGGGCAGCCUGGCUCAGACGGGCCCCCAGCCCUGGCCAGGCCAAGCCUGGGCCACCCCCGCUGUCCCCUGCCCACGCUUCCUCGGUGGCCUCUGAAAAGUCCCAUCCCCAGGAAACAGGAGGGCCACCUGCUGGACCACAGGGUCACCCCAGGAGCCUCUGAUGGGACACGCCUGUGUCCUCUGACCCUUCUGUGGGUGGGAAGGGGCGCAGGUCCUGGCCCAGGUGGAGAGAGGAGGGGACGAGAGAAGGGAGGAGGGACCAGGAGAGGAGGGGACGAGAGGAGAGGGGACAAGAGGACGGGGAGCUGGAGGGCAUUGGAGGUCCAAGAGCGGGGACUGAGGAGCCAGAGGAAGAGGGGUGACAGGCGCCCCGGGAAGUCCUGGUGUGUGCACAGAGCAGAGCUGGUGGCCCCUGGACAGGCUCACGCCAUUCAGCUGGCCUCUGCAGACUGGCCACCCGGGCCUCCGCUGGAGGCUGGGGCACCCUCAGAAGCACCAAGGGGCCCCCAGACCUGGGCUCCCCCUACAGAGCCGCCUUGUCCCAUGUCCCCGAGAGGGCUGGCCAUCUGCAGCCCCAGGUGGGCAGCUCUGGGCUGGACUGGGCUCCCCUGAGCUCUUUCCUAGGAACCAGGAUGCCCGAGGGUCCUCUGAGCCCAGAGCCUCAGGCCCCGAGCCCCGGAGGCGAACUUUCUAGGGCGUCCUGUGCAAUAGACGCUUUUUUCAACCUGAA